AUGGGAGCCACCCCCUUCCACCCCUCGAUCCUCAAGGUCCGACUUCCAAAGAAUUUCGACAAGCCAACGGACAUGAGGUACGAUGGGACUAAGGAUCCCCAAGAGCACAUCACAGCCUUUGAAGCAAGGAUGAACUUGGAGGGGGUAGGCGAUGCGGUCAGGUGCCAGGCAUUCCCCGUAACGCUAGCUGGCCUAGCGAUUCGAUGGUUCAACGCCCUCCCACAAGGAUCCAUCACAGCUUUCAUGGACAUCUCCCAACGCUUCCUGGCUCGGUUCACGACACGCAUAGCCAAGGCAAAAUACCCAAUCAACUUGCUAGGGGUUACCCAAAAUCCCGGAAAGAUGACCAGAAAUUUCCUAGACAGAUUCAACGAUGAGUGUCUAGAGAUUGACGGCCUUACAAACUCAGUCGCUAGUCUCUGCCUAACGAACGGCCUGCUAAACAAGGACUUUAGGAAGCACCUCACCACCAAGCCUGUCUGGUCCAUGCUAGAAAUUCAAAGCGUGGCCAAGGAAUACAUUAAUGAUGAAGAAGUGAGUCAGGCUAUAGCAGCCAAUAAACGGCAGCUCCCAAACCACCCAGCUCGGCAAACCCCAAGUUGA